UUUGUCUGUAGUCUAUGACCAAAAGUAGCCAUUUUCCGAAAAAGUGGGGAAGGGAAAAAAGGUGAAUACAUGUCAAAUAUUUCAAGGCUGCAGUGUGAUGAUUCCGAUUUUAAUAAAAGUGAUAACGAUCUCAACAAAUAACCAUCUUUAACUACUCUCUAAAUGAAUAUAAUUUAAUAUCUUAUUAAUGUUAUGUAGUUUGUACACAAGCGGGAAUCAUCAUCCCUACAAAAACUUUGACUUAUAACAACAAAGGUUGCAGUGAAUUUGCAAUGGGUUACUAUUGUACAGUACCACAGUGUACAUCACUUGCCGGCAAGACCAAAAAUGUUAAAUUCCAUCGAUUUCCGCGCGACGUAACCAUGGCUGAGAAGUGGAACAUUAUUCUUAAACGCGGCAAACCCUUUACAAAAUACUCCAAAGUGUGCAGUCUCCACUUUACUCAGGCCGACUACAACGUCACUACAAUGGGUAAGAAUAAAGGACAGUGGAAGACAUUAAGCAAAGAUGCCAUGCCAUCCCAGAAUCUUCCCAAGUUGAACCCGGACGGCUCAGUAAUGGUCAUUCGCAAGAGUCGCACAGUUAAAUACAAGGAGAGUAGGAAAGAUACCAUCAGUGUUAAAUCAGAAAAAUGGUGCUUAAAUAGUCAGUCCACAAUGUCAACCAGUACUCCGGAUACAAAUCUAAUGAAUGAAAGUUCUGAUAAUCUCGCGUAUCGUUUCCAAGCUCUGAACGCUAUUGCCAAUCACAUUUCACCGGUGCAGCAACCCAGCGAAAAUUCAACACAAAAAAUCGGACUAACUAUCAGACCGAAGAAGCAAGACGCUUACAUGCAGACAGACCCCAUUCUGUCGGAAGAAGACGACACGCAGCCCAACAAUAGCUACAGCGAGUCCUCAGAAAAGUCAUUCGAGUCGGACCAAAUUGACACAUAUUCAACCCAGUUGACUUACCAAAGGGAGAGUGAUAACUACGAAGCGGACAUCAAAAAGUUUGACUUAGCAGAAGAUUACACAAAAACAAAUGAUGACUACAUACCACAGACAAACGAAGAGUACAACAAGGAAGCAGAAAAGUACGCAUUAGAACGUAAAUCAUUAAACGGGUACGAAAAUAAUCCAGUGGAUACGAUGUACCAAAAGCAAGUGAUUGAAAACGGAUACGAAAAGAUACCAGAAAUGUACACUUAUGAGGAGAAACAAGAUUAUCCGAACCGCAACGAUAAUUAUAUAGCGUAUACUAACGGAUAUCCGGACAGUGCGGAGGUGCUAAGAAAUCAGCAGCACAAUCUACAGCUGCUACAGGAGCCGCAUAGAAUUACAGAGAAUCAGAACUUCUUUAACGAAAAUCAUAUAAAGCAAGAAAUAGACUUUGGUACUGAUGAUGACAAGUACUUAUAUGAGCGUACAAAGGACCAGAUAGAUCAAAACACCCUGUAUAAUGAAAGUCAAAGGCAAAUGGAACAGCAAAGACUGUUGGAACAAUUACAACAUCAAGUGAAACAGGAACAACCAGAGGGAAAUAAUGGAUGUGAAAAUGUGAUGCAGUCACAAAGCAGUCCAUUUUACCAAGCUAAUGCAAAUAAUGCUACAGGUGUGUCAGCUUACUAUGAGCAGAUAUCAAGACCGGGCCCUGAGCUUUUAAUAGCUAAACAGAACGCGUUAGCAGCUCACACACAGUUAUGGCAAAACACAAUGAAGAGACCGUUCUUCUAUAGCGAAACUUCGCCAUACACAAAUCCUCAAGUGCUCCAUAGAUAUGAGGACUUAACGAGGAUUCUUCAGUGAGUUAGAGACAUUCCAAAGUUGCAAAAUUAAUACUGUAAUUAUAAAAAAAAAAAAUAUUUUCUAUA